AUGGAAUUUGAAUUCAUUAGCAAAAAAACCUUUUAUGAAAUUAUCAAUAAUUAUAUAAUCUGCUUACUUAAAUGCAAACAAGAAAAACAAUUUCACAGCAAUUGUAAAUUAAUUGACGAAUUGUUUUUAAAGAAUAUUAGAAAUAAAGAAAAUAUACCUAAUACAAUAGAUAUUCAAAGUUCUGAUGAUGCUGAAAAUUUGGAUACUGAUUAUAAAGGUAAAUAUUAA